CAUCUUCAUUAUCAAUGAUUUUUGUUUCACAGUCUUGUUCAUAAGUGACAGAUCGUUAGAAAUAUAAAUCCUUGCAGAAUUAACGUGUUUUAUGAAAGCAAUUUAUAUAUUUAAGUAAUAGUGAGCAUAGAAGAAGGUUAAAUUGCACUUGACAGUGUUGCGGCCAUUUCCAUGAUUAUAAUAUAAGGUGAGAAUUAAACCCUUUCAGAAAAUAUAAUCCAGAAAGGCGAGAAGGUAAAUCGAAGUCGUUUUAGAGAUGUCGUGGCCCCAAUGGCCCGGAGGUGGGACUGCACAACCAGGUUUAGUUGCGCCUUUGACCACCCCACUAAUAAAUCCAACCCCGGCUGUAGUAAAUCCUAGUAACAUUGCCCCAACUGGUGUACCUUACACUGCUGAACAAUGGGCUCAUAUGCAGCAGCAAAAUUGGCAGCAAUGGGCCCAAUGGCAGCAACAGUUUCAACAGUGGCAACAGCAGUAUGGAGCGCAGUAUGCAAAGACACUAAGCGCUUUAACGUCUCAAACGCCACCUACGCUACAACCCAACUUGCCAAGCACUAGUGUACCCCCGCCGCUUCCAACUGAAUCUAAACCUCCUCCGCCACCUGAGGAACCACCAAGUGGUGUCUUUUCUGAACCUUCAGUUCCUGCUUAUUCGGGAUACACAACUGCUCCUUCAAACCCUUCAAAUUAUACCACUACGACGGCUUCGCAACCUCGUAUCGGCUAUUCUGCAGUUAAUCAGCCUCCACCUGGUUAUCAAACUCAUUCACGAGUUGGUCAAUUAUCCGAAACAAUCAGUGAUAAUAGACCUGGUUAUACAGGUAAUUUUGAUGAUAAUCGGUGGCAGAAUCAAGGUUUUCAUCGUAACAGUUCUUACAAUCAACCAGUAACAAGUCAACCGACAAACUUUUCGAAACCGCCACCAAAAAUAAUUACUGGUGAUGUUACCGCAAGAAACGAUUUCGGAAAUAAAAGGCCUUAUAAUCAACCGCCGAAUUACGGGGAUCCAAAGAAGAGUAGAUUUCAGCAGGAAGCUGGUAGUGCUUGGCCAUUGAAGAAAGAAGAAUUAAUUGAAACUGGAUCGACACAACAAAAGCCAUCGGCUCAAACUAAUAUUGAGGAACUUUCGGAAGCAGAAAAAAAGUUUGAUAAACAGUUUGCAGAAUGGGAGGCUCAAUUUCAGAAGUGGAAGGAGCAAAAUGCAAACCAUCCGGAUAAGGCACAGUAUAAAGAAUACGAAAAAAAAUGGGAAAACUGGAGAGCGCAGCUCCUUGAACGGAGAGAACAAAUGAGACGUAAACGUUUGGGUUUGUUGGGAGACCCCAAGUUGGCUCAAAAUAAACCUAAUCAAGCGAAAGGUCAAAUUCGUAGUCAAACAGAACCUGCAACUCCACACGCAGCUCCUUCGACAGAACCUCAAACGGAACACAGUGGAUCUCGAUCGAUUUUAACCGCCACUGAUGAGAAUAAACAAAAUAGUGUUUCAGAAAAGAAAUUACCUUCUGAUUUAAAGGACGAACAGCCACAACCUAAUGAUCUUCCCCAAAAUUUUGUGAAUAACGAAAAUGAUUUAUUGAGUCAUGAAAAAGGAGAUGGUUCGGCACCAUUUUUGAAACCUGCAAAUACCGACGGUAUACCGGGUUUGGACUUAGUAGUAGAUAACAAAGAUGAUGAACCAGAUGAUACGGUAAAUACUAAAAAUGUUAAUGUUCCUGAUCUUGCCGCUAUUUCUAAAGGACUAGAUUCGAUUUUGGGAGAUGCGAAGUUUAUGAACAUAUUAAAUAUGGUCUCUAAAAAUCAAACCGUUCAACCUCCUCCCGUGGGAAUGGCUUUAUCCAAAAUUUCUGACAGUCAUUCACAAAGUCAGGAAAGACCAAACGAUAAUGCACGCACUGAAGGUCAGCAAUACGAGGAAACUAGUAUGAAUAGUUUUACCGAUGAUUCUAAUUUGAGAGGUAACGAUAAUGCGAGAGAUGUUCCAGAAGUUUUCGGUCAGCAUGAAUAUAAUGCCGAUCCAAAUAGAAAAUUGAAUAAUUACAAUAAUCCUCAGGGAUUUGCAAACAGUUUCGGGCCAAAUCUAAAUCAAAAUACUCCUGGUUCGAAAAUUUUUAAUUAUGGUCAAGGUUGUACAAAUGAUGCGAAUAAUUUCAGAAGAGGAAAUGAGGGAAUAAAUAACAGAAAUGAUGCUUUUGGUAGAGGAAGGGUUGUUGGAGAUUUUGAUAAUCUGAGGCGAUUUAGUUUUGAUUCUGGCAAUUUUAAUAGGGGACCAGAGAUGGAAAGUAGUAAUUUAAAUUUUAACAGAGCUUCGGGAAAUUUUGACAGAAAUCAGGGUGGAUUUCAAAGAGGCAAUUUCCAACGAGAUGUCAACACUUUUGAAAAAUCACCUGGUGGUUUUGACAAGAAUUCAAGGAAUUUCAAUACAGGUCCCCCCACUUUUAAUCGGGGAUCUGGAAAUUUUGUAGGAAAUGUUCCAGGAAACCUUGAAAGAAAUAAUCGUAACUUUGGAAGAAAUUCUGGCAUAUUGAAUGAAUCGUUUUCAACUGACCUUAAUACACCACAAAGUAACUUUGAAAGAAACAGAUUCAGGAGAGAAUUUGAAGACGGUCCUGGAACACAUAAUACUGGAAAUUUCGGUUUUGAAAGAGGACCUAGACCCUUCGAAAACAUGGACAAUACUGCUAAUUUGAAUAGAAACUUUGGACGAAAUGCAGAUGGUUUUGGAAGAAAAGGUGGCUUUUUAAAAAGCGAUACUUUGGAAAAAGAAUAUGGUGGUUUUGAUAAAGACAGAAACUUUGAUGUAGAUCGAAGAGUUGGUAAAAGUAAUUUUGAAACCAUUACAAGGGGAGGACCUGGUGUUUUUAGAGAUGAAAGGGUUAAUUUUGACAGACGAUUUGAUUCUGAAAAUGAUCAAUACAGACAUUUACAAAAAAUAUCCGGCAAUUUCGGUCCAUCAGAAGUAGGUCACGAAUUAGGAAGGGGACCUACAGGAUUAGGAAAUGUUGGUGUCCCUCAGAUGCCCGGUAAUUACGAAAAUCAUGAAAAUUUUAGAGGUGGUCCUGGUAAUUUUAUUAAAGAUGAUAACUUUCCGAGAAACCAGUUUGAAUCUUCUGCACCAUUGCACGAUUCUUUUGGUAAUCAACCCCAUUUAACAAUAGAACCCAAUCUUCCUAUCGACCCCUUACCUGCUAAUGAUUUGCCAGUAAUAGAAGAGGAGGAAAUAUGGAAACCUGAAAUGGUUAUUGACUACGAGCAUAAAUCAUCUAAGCUAUCUGAGUUUGAAGUAAUUGUGGAACCUGUUCAUUCGUUUGAUUAUCGUCAUAAACCAUUAAAUAGAAUUCCAUUACCUCAAAGACCAGAAUGGUUGAAAGAGUCGCUUAAAAACUAUUCUGAAUUUGAUUUUAUCAUUACAAGAUCUUUCGAACCUCAACAGCUACGGAGGUAUCCUACAAAUGAAUCGGUUAGAUCUUAUGAUUCUUAUAGAAAAGACGAUUUUUCGUAUGAGAGACAGAAGUACGAAGACAAGUUGUUUGACCGUCCCAGUGAUCGGGGAGCUUUCGAAAGUAAAAGAGGCUAUAAUGAUUCAAGAUAUGAUAGAAAAUCGGUGGAGGACAAAAGACCAUUUGAAGACAAACGAUUGUACGAUAGAAAAUUAUACGAGGAUAUGUCUUCAGAUGACAAUUUUUUUUCUGACGAAAAAGUGUUUUAUGAUAGAAAACGAAGUAGCGAGGACAAAUUAAUUUUCAAUGAAAGGUCCUUCGAGAAAAGGCGAAUUCAUGAUGAUAAAAGAAGUUAUGACGAAGUGGACAGUAAAUCGUUUGAUCGAAAGUCAAAUGAUCGAGAAGAUUUUAAUCGUAGAUCAUUUGGAAGUGACAGUCACAGAAAUGUGCAUUCAGAUCGUAAAUUAGAUUCAAGAAGGGAUAAUGUUUCAGAAAGUGUCAAUCCCCAAUAUGCAAAGUGGUCACCCCCACCAGCUCAUGAACAGAUGCAGUUUGAAGAUAAUGCAAAACAAACACCUCAGAACAAAAAUAAUAAUAUUACGUUAAUAGAAGACAUACUGCAUCCACCAGGGAGAUAUAACCGGCCCUCUAGAAUAGUCAUCAUUCUUAGAGGACCUCCUGGAAGCGGAAAGACAACUUUAGCAAAGUUAAUCAAAGAUAAAGAGGUUGAAAAUGGUGGAUCAGCUCCUAGAAUUCUAUCAUUGGAUGAUUACUUUAUGGUGGAACAAGAGAAAGAAGUAAUCGAAGAUGGUAGAAAAGUGAAAGUCAAAGAUAUGGUUUAUGAGUAUGAAGAAUGCAUGGAAGCCUCUUACAGGCAAUCGUUGAUGAAAGCCUUCAAAAAAACCGUAACUGAUGGUUACUUUCCAUUUAUAAUCGUCGAUAAUGUGAACGAAAAAGUGAAAUAUUUCGGAGAAAUGUGGAGUUACGCAAAACAAAAUGGUUUUCAGGUUUACAUUUGUCAGUUAGAGUUGGAUGUACAAACUUGUACCAAAAGAAAUAUUCAUGGACGCACUGAGGCGGAAAUCCAGAAAUGUGUAUCUGGAUGGGAAACCACCCCAACACAUCAUCCCAUUCUGGAUGCAACGAGUUUAAUUCAGUCUGGAUCAAUUCCAGAAGUUGAAAUGGAAGAAAUUAAUUCGCCACCGAGUGUCAAUAAUGACGAAUCGCAGGAGAGAGAAUUCCUGCAGGAGAAUAUGUGUAGAAGCAAAUGGGACGCCUUCGACUUAAGUCAAGACAAUCUUGCUAAACUCGAUGGAAUCAGCAAGCCCCUCCGACCAUCCAAAACAAUGGAAGACUACCUUCAACUCGACGAUGACUGGGUACAAACCACACCCUCCAAGCCAGGCCAGAAGAGGGUUCGGUGGGCUGACCUGGAGGAACGGAAGAAACAGGAGAAGAUGAGGGCCAUUGGCUUCGUGGUCGGACAUACAAACUGGGACCGGAUGAUGGAUCCUACAAUGGGGAGCAGUGCUCUAACUCAAACAAAGUUUAUUGAGCGUUUUAAGUACUAAAUAUUAGAAAUAUUUAAAACAAAUAACGUUUUCAUUAGUAGUUCACCCGUAAGAGCAAGAUGUUUGCACUGCAAUUGAAGAAUAUUUCUGUUAAGUAACGAAAGACUGUAUAUUUAAAUUUUGUUAAUUAUUGUCAACUUUUUCAUUAUCUCUUUUUGCGGUGAAUGAUAAAAUUAGGUACAUUGAUUUUAUGUUUUUUAGUUUCGUACGUUAAACUAAAUGUAACUGAAAUAAUAUGUAUUAAAUAUA